AUAAUCAUCGGAGCUCCCGUCGACCCGCAGGAUUUUGAGCAAAACUGAAAACGCAUCAAUUGACUGCACCACGCACGCCGUGGCAGUGUGAGGAAUAUAUUAGGACGGGACUCACAUUGGUAUAACGAGAAGCCCUAGCACUGCAGAAUACAGUCUUGGACAUGAAUUCGCGAUAGAGGGCCUCGUCAAUCCUCGGAACGACCCUCUUGCCGCAGAUCAUUGCAUGGCAAACACCAAAGAUUUCCCGGAGCCAUUGGUCUCCUCGCCAUGGACCAGAUCACUAUAUUCCGGGGCCGUAGCCGGCUUCACCGUUGACCUCUCUCUCUACCCCCUCGACACAAUCAAAACCCGCCUACAGAAAGUUCGCCAGAGUGUCUCAUCAGCAGCAACAGAUACACCCCUUGCGAAAAGCAAAAGCAACGGACUGCCCCUGCGACAAGCGAUUCGAGGCAUCUAUGCUGGUCUCCCCUCCGUCCUCUUCGGCUCGGCACCUUCCGCUGCGUUUUUCUUCAUUACAUACGAUGGCGUCAAACGGUAUCUCUUACCUUCUGAUUCGCGAUUAGCUAAAGAAGCGUCUAAAACACAAACCUUUGUCGCGCAUUCCGUAGCGUCGACGUUGGGCGAAAUCACCGCCUGUGUGGUGCGUGUGCCUACCGAGGUAAUUAAGCAGCGCGCCCAAGCAGGUCUCUUCGGUGGUUCGUCUCUACAGGCCUUGACAGAUAUUCUUUCCCUGCGCCAUGGCGGAAACCCAUCGAAUGGGACAAGUAAGAGUGGAAUUUUCCAGAUGAUUCGGGAGCUGUAUAGAGGCACUGGGAUUACGAUUGCUAGAGAGAUCCCAUUCACAAUAAUCCAAUUUACGAUGUGGGAGGCAAUGAAGAAUAGAUAUGCUCGGUGGGGGAAAGCGCCUGAAGAAACGACUUCUGGUCAGAUUCCAGCUGCGCCGAGUGCAUUAUUUGGGAGCAUUGCGGGUGGGAUUGCUGCGGGUUUAACGACGCCGCUUGAUGUUAUCAAGACGAGGGUCAUGCUUGCAAGACGGGGGGAAGGGAAUGCGAAGAGCAUACACGUGUCAGACGUCGUACGGCGGAUUAUGAAGGAAGAAGGUGCUGGUGCUUUCUGGAGAGGUAUUGGACCUCGAACAACUGCCAUUGCCCUUGGUGGUGCUAUCUUCUUGGGUAGUUAUCAGUGGGCGUGGAACACCCUUGAAGGAGGAUAUAGGAAGCGUGAAUUAGAGGAUUAGAAGAAUAACGCAUUAUUAUUCUUGUAACAAACUUUAGAAUACCCUCGCGGGUUUGAAGAAUGAAUAGAUUUGAUAUCCACGGGAUAAAUUCGUGACACAAAUUUCUAGCAGAAAUAGG